GCUCCAUGAAAGGUUAGGAUACGUUGGCGUCCAGGAUGCGGUUUAGUUACGGGUAGCUACUGUAUUAAAAGUGCUUGGGUUUGUUUAGGGGUUUGGUUGUCUAAUCGACUCCUCCCGGUUUCGGGUGUGUACUGAUUCUCAACCUGCUUUCGAGACUGGUGCCUGUGAAGCAGAGGCAAACGAACGUCUGCCCAGGAACAAGGAGGGCAAAGUCGUCCUGCAUUGUUCUCAAACGUUUGUUGUUGCUUCAGGAAGUUUCAGCGCUCUUUUGUUCCCAGGACCCCCUGCGCCUACUCACCUAGACGCAAUGGCUUCCGCUCUGGCCGUGAAGAUGGGGUCCGCCGCUGCGUUUACCGCAGCGAGCGCUGGCAGCAACAAGCAGGUUGCUCAGCCUUUCACCGGGUUGAAGGCUGGUGCUGCCCUUCCUACCGCCAGGAAGGCUGCCACCUUCUCUGACAAGACUGUCUCUAACAGCGGACGCGUUCAGGCCAUGAAGGUGUGGACCCCCCUCAACAACAAGAAGUUCGAGACCCUCUCCUACCUCCCUCCCCUCUCCGCUGAAGCUAUCGCCAAGGAAAUCAGCUACAUGAUCAGCAAGGGAUGGACCCCCUGCAUUGAGUUCGAUGAGGUCGGUUAUGUCUCCAGGGAGAACUUCCAGGGCUGCGGAUACUAUGACGGCCGGUACUGGACCAUGUGGAAGCUCCCCUUGUUCGGCUGCAUUGACCCCAGCCAGGUGCUGAAGGAGGUUGCUGAGGCCAAGAGAACAUACCCCAGGGCUUAUAUCCGCGUGUUGGGUUUCGAUGCCAAGAGGCAGGUGCAGUGCUCUGGAUUCCUUGUCCAGAGGCCAGGCCAGGCUAACUUCUAAGCGCUGAGAAGUGUGCACAAUAGUGGUGAGGAGAUUAGAUAGUUCCGAGGUAACUCAUAUAUGUGGAUGAUGAAUGAUUGAGAGGGAUCAGGGUGGUGCAUUGCAGGAGGCGAAGCUGGUCUGAAUAGAGGGGAAGAGUUCUCCUAUACUUGGGCAGUCUUUUGGGGCUGGAAAGCUAAACCUCAGAACUAAGUCCGCUUGGCAGUCAGAUGAUCAGGGCGGAACUUAGGAUAUGUUGCAAAUUCUGUUCGAAGAGUUUCUUGGCAGUUCUUGCAAUCUUGAUCAUCAACUCUUCCGGCAAAUUCUCGUCCACGGUUGGAAUUGCCGGAUCUGCCGGAUAUGGUAAGAAACGAUUUGGAAGGUUUCUACGCUCAUGAUUGAUCUGCUGCUG